AUGGCUGCCCGUGCCUGUGCUGCCUGUUGCUGCCUGUGCUUGUGCUGCCUGUUGCUGCCCGUGCCUGUGCUGCCCGUUGCCGCCCUUUGCUGCCCGUGCCUGUGCUGCCUGUUGCUGCCCGUGCCUGUGCUGCCUGUUGCCGCCCGUUUCUGCCCGUGCCUGUGCUGCCCGUUGCCGCCCGUUGCUGCCCGUGCCUGUGCUGCCUGUUGCCGCCCUUUGCUGCCCGUGCCUGUGCCGCCCGUUGCCGCCCGUUGCUGCCCGUGCCUGUGCUGCCCGUUGCCGCCCGUUGCUGCCCGUGCCUGUGCUGCCUGUUGCCGCCCAUUGCUGCCCGUGCCUGUGCUGCCUGUUGCUGCCCGUGCCUGUGCUGCCUGCUGCCGCCCGUUGCUGCCCGUGCCUGUGCUGCCCGUUGCCGCCCGUUGCUGCCCGUGCCUGUGCUGCCCGUUGCCGCCCGUUGCUGCCCGAGCCUGUGCUGCCUGUUGCUGCCCGUGCCUGUGCUGCCUGUUGCCGCCCGUUGCUGCCCGUGCCUGUGCUGCCCGUUGCCGCCCGUUGCUGCCCGUGCCUGUGCUGCCCGUUGCCGCCCGUUGCUGCCCAUGCCUGUGCUGCCUGUUGCCGCCCGUUGCUGCCCAUGCCUGUGCUGCCUGUUGCCGCCCGUUGCUGCUCGUGCCUGUGCCGCCGUUGCCGCCCGUUGCUGCCCGUGCCUAUGCUGCCCGUUGCCGCCCGUUGGUGCCCGUGCCUGUGCUGCCUGUUGCUGCCCGUUGCUGCCCGUGCCUGUGCUGCCCGUUGCCGCCUGUUGCUGCUUGUUGCUGCCCGUGCCUGUGCUGCCUGUUGCCGCCCGUUGCUGCCCGUGCCUGUGCUGCCCGUUGCUGCCCGUUGCUGCCCGUGCCUGUGCUGCCCGUUGCUGCCAGUGCUGCCCGUUGCUGCCACUGCCUGUGCUGCCUGUUGCAGCCCGUUGCUGCCCAUGCUUGUGCCGCCCGUUGCCGCCCGUUGCUGCCCGUUGCCGCCCGUUGCUGCCCGUGCCUGUGCUGCCUGUUGCCGCCCGUUGCUGCUCGUGCCUUUGCUGCCUGUUGCUGCCCUGCUUCUGCCUACGCCCUCGUGCGCUCUACUGCUGCCCGCGCCCUCGUGCGCCCUGCUGCUGCCCGCGCCCUUGUGCGCUCUGCUAUGCAGCACGCCGCACCAUUACCCUGA